UUCUGGACAAGAACAAACUAUAGUAAACAAAACAUGGAUUUGAGUUCUCCAAUCAUUUCCCACCUCCUAUAUUUUCUUCUCCUUGUUUCUUUGGUUUGUCCAAUUUAUUGUUCAAAAACCAGUAGUCACCAUUUAGUCAAUCAAACUUUUCAACAAGAGGAAAAGUUUCGCAAGUUGAAGGAAAAGAUAGCAAUCCAUCUUCAGCGGAUCAACAAGCCUGCCGUCAAAACGAUUCAUAGUCCUGAUGGUGAUAUCAUAGAUUGUGUUAUGUUUCAUAAUCAACCUGCCUUUGAUCAUCCUUUAUUGAAAGACCAUAAACCAGCGAGUCCUCCAAAACUACCAAAAGGAUAUAUCGAAGAUAAUUCAAGUGAUAUAUUUCAAUUGUGGAGUUUAUCAGGAGAAUCAUGUCCUGAAGGAACUAUUCCAAUUAGAAGAACACGAGAAGAAGACAUUUUAAGAGCUGGUUCUAUUAGUAAAUUUGGAAAAAAAUUAAGUGAUUUCAGAAAGGACGCCAAUAGUGAUAAUCAAGUCGAGUAUGCAAUUCAAACUGUGACUGACGAAGCGAUAUAUGGAGCAAAGGCUACCAUAAACGUGUGGUCUCCUUACAUAGAAACUAAAAAUGAAUUCAGUGCUUCUAAAGUUUGGAUCACUUCUGGUCCACCUGAUAAUCAAAAUCGCAAUUCCAUUGAAUUUGGUUGGCAGGCGAGCCCAAGUCUUUAUGGAGACAAUCGCGCAAGAGUGACUGUUUAUUGGACGGCUGAUGGAUAUAAGAAGACCGGAUGCUACAAUUUACUAUGCUCAGGCUUUAUUCAAACUAACCACAAAAUUGCAUUAGGAUCAGGAAUUUCUCCGGUUUCUACGUAUAACGGGAUACAAUAUGCUAUUACGCUAAUGGUGUGGAAGAGCUCAGAAGAUGAGAAUUGGUGGCUAAAAUGGGGAUCUGGAGGACUUCCACUUGGGUAUUGGCCAUCGAGCUUGUUUACUUACCUAAAGGAAUACGCAAAUGAUGUGCAAUUUGGUGGAGCAAUAAAAAAUAUAAAGAUAACAGGAUCUCACACUUUCACUCAAAUGGGUAGUGGACAUUUUGCGGGAGAGGAUUAUGGCAAAGCUGCACACUUUAAGAAUAUUCAACUUGUGCAUGCUGAUGAUGCCUUGGUUCCAUUUCGAGCUCAUUCCACUGAUAUAUCGUUCCCAGAUUGUUAUAAUUUAAAGGAUGGGUAUGGUGGAGAUUGGGGAAGUUACUUUUACUAUGGUGGACCAGGCAGGAAUAUUAAUUGUCCUUAAAGCAAUA